GAUGGCGAGCGACUUCUAUCUCCGCUACUACGUGGGGCAUAAGGGCAAGUUCGGCCACGAGUUUCUCGAGUUCGAGUUCCGGCCCGACGGGAAGCUGCGCUACGCCAACAACAGCAACUACAAGAACGACGUCAUGAUCCGAAAGGAGGCUUAUGUGCAUAAGAGCGUGAUGGAGGAGCUGAAGAGGAUCAUCGAUGACAGUGAAAUCACUAAAGAAGACGAUGCUCUGUGGCCUCCACCCGACAGAGUUGGUCGACAGGAGCUUGAAAUAGUCAUCGGUGAUGAGCACAUUUCCUUUACCACGUCCAAAAUCGGUUCCCUCAUUGAUGUAAAUCAGUCCAAGGAUCCAGAAGGCUUGAGAGUGUUCUACUACCUGGUGCAGGACCUGAAGUGUCUAGUCUUCAGUCUUAUUGGACUACACUUCAAGAUUAAGCCAAUUUAAUUCAAAUAAACUGAAAUUUGUAUGCCAGUGUCUGUAUGGGGGGGGG